ACAAAUAUAGACUCUAAGAGCAUGAAUAUCGCGGUCUCUAAGCCACGUAUUUAGGUGUUUUAGGAUUUAAAAAAAAAAAAAUGUGUUAAUUAAUUAGAGACGUCGCUUAAUUAAGCGAAAGAGGAAACGGUUUUAUGGGACACACGUCACAUAUGCACCAUCUUCUCUCUUUCUUGACGGAUCAUUUUCUCUCUUUCUCUCCCGAAUCCUCGACGACAUCGAAUCUUUCUGGUGAUCUCUCCUCGUGAUCUCUCCUCGGCGCUGAUCUCUCCUCGACGGUAUCUUUCCCGGCAUCUCUCUCGGUCGAAUCGUCGACUCAGUCGGUCUCCUCGGCGACUCCGCUUCUCUGUCGAUCUCGUCGACGUGUCGGCGUCUCUCUUGCGAUCUUCGACGGCUCUGCUUUGGUGUCGGUCUCGUCGACGAUUCACACUCCUUUCUCGCGAUCCUCGACGAUUCACACUCCUUUCUCGCGAUCCUCGAUGACUCCCUCUCUCCACACCUCCUAACGGAAUCCUCUGUCUUUGUGGCUCGUCCGAGAAGGCGAUUCUCCCUCUCUCGCCGUGGAUCUACUGGAAUCGGAAGGUAAAUGUAUUGUUGUGUUUUUCAAUCAUGCAUGCUUAGAUUAGACUUCUUCUUGUUCUGAUCGCAAGUUUUAUUUGUUUGUAGGUUCAAUUCUGUCUCGCGGUGGCUCUCCUCGACAGCUGACGGAGUUCUCUGUCUCUCGGUGGCUCUCUGCGAAUCGCUCAGGUAAAGCUUCUGUUCCAUGUUCUUCAAUCAUACCUGUCUUAGGUUCAAAUAUUUUCUUUCAAUCUCGUUUUGUUUGAAGCUUUUGAUUUGGCUUCUCUGUGGUGAUUUUUUUUUUUUUGUUUCUGUCUUUUGUUUCUGUCUUUUGCGUGCUGAGAUGAAGGGAUCAAAUCGUGUUUGAUAUGUUCUGUGGAAGCUGAGAUGGCUGGAUCAAGUGUGCUUAAGCAAGGGUCAUUUGACAGAGGAAUACGCAGGACCACAGGUAACGGGAAAGAAGAGGCUACAUUGGAGAGGAGCAUCACGGGCCAUUCUAUCAUUUCAGUGUGUCACGGGUUGUAUCAGUUUGUAUCAGUUUCAUCUUUUGUAUCAGUGUGUCACGGGUUUCAUCUUUUGGUAUCAGUUUGAUGUUUUGUAUCAGUUUGUCGGGUUUUUCAGUGUGUCACGGGUUGUUCAGUGUGUCACGGUACUCAAGUUGUGUAGUGUGUCACGGGUUGCACUUUGUAUUUUCAUGUGCAUCACACAAACUCAUCUCCUCAUCUUUUAUAUAUUUCUCUCUACUUCUAACAUCACGCAAACUCAUCUACUCUCUAUCUUCUCUCUAUUUCUAACAAGACCAAACUCAUCUUCUCUCUAUUCUCUCUACUUAUAACAAGCAAACUCAUCUUCUUCUUUUUUUCUCUCUUUGAUCACAAGUUUAUAAAACUCUUUAAUCACUUCUAUGGCUUCUUCUUCUCAAAACACUUUCGAUGAAUCAUCUGAUGAUACAUUUGAUGACAUAUUUGAUCAAGAAUUUGAUGAAAAAUUUGAUGAAUUCUUUGAUCAAGCGUUUGAGAAUUUUACUAUUGGUGGUGCUAAAAAAAAAAGAAAACCACAAGCUUAUAUCGAAAGAAAUCAUGAAGAAGGGCAUAUUCGUUUAUGGAAUGAUUAUUUCAGUGAUACUCCAACAUAUCCUGAUAAUUUAUUCCGACGACGUUUUCGAAUGAACAAGCCAUUGUUCAUGCACAUUGUUGAUCGACUCUCCAACGAAGUUCUAUAUUUUCGGGAAAAGAAAGAUGGUCUCGGAAGGAUUAGUCUUUCUCCUCUUCAAAAGUGUACCGCAGCCUUUCGUGUCUUGGCGUAUGGUUCUGCAGCUGAUGCGGUCGACAAAUACCUCCGGCUCGGUGAAACAACAACUCGGUUAUUUGUGGAACAUUUUGUAGAAGGAAUAAUAUAUUUGUUCGGCGAUGAGUACUUAAGAAGACCAAAACUGACUGAUCUUCAACGUCUACUUGAUGUUGGAGAAUAUCGUGGAUUUCCCGGGAUGAUAGGAAGCAUCGAUUGUAUGCAUUGGGAGUGGAAGAAUUGUCCGACCGCUUGGAAAGGGAAAUAUUUUCGUUGUUCGGAUAAACCAACAAUCGUUUUAGAGGCGGUUGCUUCAUACGAUCUCUGGAUAUGGCAUGCAUUUUUUGGACCUCCAGGUACAUUAAAUGAUAUUAAUGUUCUUGAUCAUUCACCUGUUUUUGAUGACAUAAUAAAAGGUGAAGCUCUGAAUGUCACUUUCUCUGUCAAUGGAAGAGAGUAUCAUAUGGCUUACUAUCUCACCGACGGUAUUUAUCCGAAAUGGGCAAAUUUUAUCCAAUCUAUUCCUCUACCACAAGGGCCGCAAGCAGUUUUAUUUGCUCAACGUCAAGAAACUGUCCGAAAAGAUAUCGAGCGUGCUUUUGGAGUCCUGCAAGCUCGCUUUGCCAUUGUUAAAAAUCCAGCGCUGUUUUGGGAUAAAUUCAAAAUUGGCAAGAUUAUGAGAGCAUGUAUCAUACUCCAUAAUAUGAUAGUAGAAAACGAACGAGAUGGAUACACUCAAUAUGAUGUUUCAGAAUUCCAGCAAGGAGAAGACAACGGAAGUUCACAUGUCGAUCUCACGUAUUCUACAGAUAUCCCUACAAAUAUCGCAAACCAGAUGGGUGUUCGGAUAAGAAUUCGUGAUAGACAAAUGCAUCAACAACUGAAAGAUGAUUUGGUUCAACAUAUAUGGCAUAAAUUUGGACGUGAUGAAGACAACAACUGAGCUCAGAUGCUUAUUUCAAAUAAUUCUUGUUUAUUUUACUAAUCUUUAUUUUCAUGUUUUAAUUUUAAAAUCUAUGUUUAAAAUGUUAUCUUUUAUGUAAGAAAAAAUUAAUUUAAUAAAAAAAAUUUAAUAUUUUUUUAAGAAACCCUAAAUAAGAGACUUGCAAUGGAGGGGAAAAAAUCACAAAGUUCUUAAACAUGUCUCUUACCAAA